AUGGGUGCUGCAGCUUCGUCAUCUUCGUCUUCCAAGAAGCAUGAAGUGUUUCUGAGUUUCAGAGGUGAGGACACUCGCAGAUCCUUCACCAGCCAUCUCCAUGCAGCGCUAUGCCUGAGAGGUAUAGAGACCUACAUAGAUUAUCAGCUCCCAAAAGGCGAUGACAUAUCCAAAUCACUCAUCCAAGCAAUCGAGGAUUCAAGCAUCGCUGUUGUAAUCUUAUCCAAGGAAUAUGCCUCCUCCAAAUGGUGCUUGAAUGAACUCGUCAAGAUCCUUGAGUGCAAAGAGGUUAACGGACAGCUUGUGGUUCCCAUUUUCUACAAAGUAGAGCCAUCUCAUGUACGCAAUCAAAGAGGAUCUUAUGAGGAAGCAUUUGCAAAACAUUCGAGGCAAAACCCAGAGAAGGUGGACCAAUGGAGACGAGCCCUUUUUGAAAUUGCAAGUUUAGCUGGUUGGGACUCUCAGAACUGGAG